UUUAGUAGAUCGCGAUUAACACGUGCCAACACCGUGUACAUGUACACCAUGUGUAUUGUGAUGUGUUGAUCAAGCGUACGUGUAUAUCGCAAUGGAAAACGGUCAGGAAAAGACAAAUUUUAGCAACUUUAUAGAGGUUCACAGGAGUCAGCUGGAGAUAUCAGGAGUACCAGAACGUUUCUGGCCUAGUGUGUACAGCAAGCUUGAAAACCAGUAUUUUGAUGCAGGACAGAAGUUUAUGCUGACGUAUGUCGACAUUGAGGAUGCCAAGACGGAGGAAGGAAAGACAGUGGGAGGAGACGGCAGGGAGAUGGAGAAGCCGCCGACUGAAAAUGCUCCAUCAAAGUUGAAAGUGGUGGUUAGCCACGAGGAAGGGGUUGACGCAAUGGACGGAGACAGCAUCUACCUCAUAGACCAUGCCUGGACAUACCGUUUCACCGAGGCUAGGAUCCAGCUCCAGACGGUCCCAGGCCUCCUGCCCAGGAUGAUGAGCUUGAUGGGCUUGGCUCAGUCAGACGGACAGAACCAAGACGAGUGCAUUGAGAAGGUACUGGCUGAGUCAUGGAGAUACAGCCGCACAUACAGUGUGAAUGCCCAGGGCCUGAUAGCUGAAGACAGGCAGCCUGUGUGGUACAUACUGGACGAGUUUGGCUCCCAAAUACUACAUGAUGACACUCCAAGCUGUCGACUGGUACCCUUCUUCUACGUUCCUCAUCAGAUUGCCUACUCUCUUCUCUUCCCACUCCGAGAUCUGGAAUACGGAGAUGAUGUCACUGUGGACUAUGCGUUCCCAGCACAGGACUCACUGAUGCGACAGAUUCGUCUGUUGCCAUGGCAACCCUGCGACCUGACCCACAUCGACACGGUUCAGCCUGAGCCGGACCUGGACUACAUGACCCGUGUCUGUAAUUGCAUUUCACCAGAAGUUGGGGCAAAUCCUGUCUUGCGCGACAUUAGUGGCCAGCUCAGGGUAUACAGCGACCACCCGCAGACCCUGGCCAACCUGCAUCAUCCGCGCUUUGAGUUUGUCGACAAAGAGGAGGAAGCGGAUAUCCUCUUUGUAAAAGAGACUUUCAGAGAUUUCAGAAAGCUGUCCAAUGAUACACACCAGUACGUCAGUCAGUUCCCAGGAGAGAAGCUGAUUGUCACCAAGGACAUGUUGGCGCUCACUUCCAGAAGGGCAGCAGGGAAAGACCAAUUAGGGGCAAGCUGUGGCCCAAAAUGGCUGCCAGUGACCUUUGACCUGUGGAACAACUUGCCCCAGUUUGUCUCCUACUUCCAGCAGCAAGAGAAAAAAGGUGCACCCAAUAUAUGGAUUUGCAAGCCUUUCAAUCUUGCGCGAGGUCUGGAUACCACGGUGGCCAGCAAUCUCAACCAAAUCAUCAGACAGACAGAAACCGAUGUGCCCAAGGUUGCUUGUGAGUACCUGACUGAUCCUGUUCUCUUUGUCCGCGAUGGCAUUGGUCCAGUCAAGUUUGAUGUUCGUUACAUAGUGCUUUUCACAUCAGUUAAGCCUCUCAAAGUUUAUGCAUACAAGAUAUUCUGGCUUCGAUUCGCAAACAAGCCUUUUUCGUUAGACACCCUGGAUGACUACAGCAAACAUUUCACAGUCAUGAACUAUACCGCAAACGAGCCAGGGGAAAAUUUUUAUCAGAUGCUGUGGCAUGAGUUUCCUGGUCACUUCAAUCAGCAAAACCCCGGCUAUGAGUGGGAUGAGGUUGAGGCCAGUAUUCACGACAUGAUCCAAGAGUUCUUCCAGGCAGCUGUGUCCAAACCGCCUCCGAGAGGGAUCACCCAUUGUCCAUGGUCCAGGGCCAUGUACGCUCUGGAUAUCAUGCUGAAGUGGGACACAGACAGUGCUGGGAAGAAAAUCAUCCAGCCAGUCUUGCUGGAGUGCAAUUACUUCCCAGACUGUGAGAGAGCUACUUGGCACAGGGAGGAGUUCUUUGACGACAUCUUCAGUACACUCUUCCUUGGAGACAUCAAGGACAGGCCCGUCAAGGAGCUCUUCUGAAAGGCAGUUCCAGCAAGAAGUGUUCCUCGUAAAAUAAGGGCUUGCGUCCUAACUGUUGAUUUUGAGCCAAGUUUGAUCUGGACAUUUUGUCAGCUCCUGGUCAAUGUCCCAGGUAACCUGUGCACAAAAUACAUCAUGGGCUCUGGGCAACAGUUUACCAGUGGUUGACAAGCGGUCAGGGAUCGUAUUUGGUCCUAGUUGUGGAUACUUGGCCUUGAUUGGGGUUCCAUGUCCCUGUCUUGUGAAUUAAUUAGCCUGUUUUGUAUAACUAAAAGGAGUGGCCCAUCAAUCUGGCCUAGCAUCUGGGACCAAGUGCUGACCUGGGCCCCAGUGCAUUGGUUGUGGACACAACAUUGCCAUCCAAGGUCUCAUCUGACUUACCUAGCCAGUUACACGCUAAAUCCACUUCCCGUUUAGUGCAUGAGUCACUUUAGCCACAUAGUUACGAUACAGCGUAAACUUGUAUACUAAGCAAAACUCGUAUACUGCCUCACUUGUUGAGUGCAUGUGAUUGGAAAGAGUUGUGGUCACACAGUGUCGGAAUAAUCUUUUGUUAAGGACUGGGUUCUGAGUUAAAGAGAAAAAAAAAGUAAGUUGCGUCAUUCCUAUUCGAGGAAGAAUGCCCAGUUAAUCAUCUUUAACAUUCAGCCGUAAUCUUUUUCUGAAGAAAUGGCAGUUUGAUUGCUAACCUGUUCAAUGGGCAAACUACCGAUUUGAUCGUUUGUUUUUUUAAAGAAUGUAUACUUACCUGUACACGCUAAAAAGAUAUACAGUUAACUUUACAUUCUUUGAAAAUGCGUAGUUUACCGUAAAUUGUUAAGAAUAAUUUACACUUUUCUGAGCAGGGUGAUGUCAUUACAAGAGUGGAUAAUGUGUGGCUUUGACAUAGCGUAAAGCUCUCCCAGAGCCUGCAUUACAUUGAAAACAUUGCUAUGAAAGUGUUGACCAGCUUUUGAACCAGGCCGGUUCAAGGCUCAAUGGAAGAUGAGGAACUCAAAGAAUUUCCAAGGGCCACAUUAUUACAUGUGUUUAUAUAAUUUCGUAGUUUAGAUGCCCACAAUUGGUACACUACAAUCAACCGUUGCAUACCUAGUGAAUUAUUUUGUCUGAUUUGGUGCCUGCCAUACGCUGGCCUUUCUCCGCUAGGACGAUGAUGUCGGUUUCCUUGUGCCCCGGGUAAGGUUAUGUUCACAAUAAUUACAGUGGAACGAA